AUGAACUGCCUAAAGAGAAAUCUGCCGCGAACCUCACCAGCUCCACCACGUGUUUCUGUGGACGAUAGAGUUGUGGAUCAGAAUUUCAUUGAGCUGUUAUUGAAGAUUUCUAGCUGCAAAGGAAUCAGUAGCCUCGGCUACACACUCAUGAAGCGUCUAUUGUGGAACUCCAUUCCCACUUUGAGAUUCUAUUCAUCGUGGUCACAGAAUGUGCUCAAAACCGGAAACAUUCUAAAGCAAGCCAGGAUAUUUUCAAAUUCCGACAUUAUCGGAUAUUCAAAGCUGACAAGUGACUCUAAUCCGUUGCAUUUUGACCUCGAGUGUGCCAAAAAUGCUGGUUUUGCUGAUCUUCCAGUUCCCGGAAUGCUUGUGGCUUCUUUGUUUCCUCGAAUUAUUGCUUCCAAUUUCCCAGGGGCUGUGUAUGUGAAGCAAACUUUGGAGUUCAGGUCACCAUUGUAUUGUGGGGAGGAGAUCACUGGGGAAGUACAGGCAAGCAAUAUUAGACAAAUGAAAGAUAAAUAUAUGGUGAAAUUCACUACAAAAUGCUUCAAAGAUGGAGGAAUUCUUGUAGUUGAUGGCGAGGCAACAGCAGUAUUGCCUACUCUGGCCAUGAAACAAACUUGA